AGGAUGGUAAAAAAUCAAUUGCACCGUUCCCUUGCUCCUCCAAUGCCGGCCACCCAUCUCCCGUUCCCCCGCGUCCUCACCACCGCCGCCUAAUCCGCCUUCCUCUCUGCCUCCCCGUGCACCUGACCUCCUCCUGCACCCGAUGUCCGCCACCCCGCCGUCGUCGCGGGACCCGUCGCCGCAGCCCCGGCGGCCGUCCUCCUCCAUGGGGGGCAAGCGCGGGGGCCUCCUCCUUCUCGGGCGCUAUGAGCUGGGCCGCCUCCUAGGCCACGGCACCUUUGCCAAGGUCUACCAUGCCCGCCACGCCGACACCGGCGAGAGCGUGGCCAUCAAGGUGCUCGACAAGGAGAAGGCCCUCCGCCACGGCCUCGUCCCGCACAUCAAGCGCGAGAUCGCCAUCCUCCGCCGCGUGCGCCACCCCAACAUCGUGCGCCUCUACGAGGUCAUGGCCACCAAGUCCAAGAUCUACUUCGUCAUGGAGCUCGUCCGCGGCGGCGAGCUCUUCGCGCGCGUCGCCAAGGGCCGGCUCAAGGAGGACACCGCGCGCCGCUACUUCCAGCAGCUCAUCUCCGCCGUGGGGUUCUGCCACGCGCGGGGCGUCUUCCACCGGGACCUCAAGCCCGAGAACCUCCUCGUCGACGAGCGCGGCGUCCUCAAGGUCUCCGACUUCGGCCUCUCGGCCGUCGCCGAUCAGUUCCACCCCGACGGGCUCCUCCACACCUUCUGCGGCACCCCCUCCUACGUCGCGCCGGAGGUGCUUGCUCGCCGCGGCUACGAUGGCGCCAAGGCGGACAUAUGGUCGUGUGGUAUCAUCCUGUUCGUGCUCAUGGCUGGCUACCUUCCUUUCCAUGACCAGAACCUCAUGGCAAUGUACCGAAAGAUUUACAGGGGGGAAUUUCGGUGCCCAAGGUGGUUCUCCAAGGAUCUUACCAGUCUAUUGAAUCGUAUGCUUGACACAAACUCAGAGACGAGGAUCACCGUGGCUGAGAUCAUGGAGAGCAGGUGGUUUCAGAAGGGCUUCCGGCCGGUCAGGUUCUAUGUCGAGGAUGACCAGGUGCACAGCUUGGCAGACGGUGAGAAUGAAGUGUCAGAGCUGGGGCCUAGUGAGCCUCCUCGUCCGCCGCCACCACCACAGCAAGAGGAAGACGGUGAGGAGUCCGGGUGGGAAUCGGACUCGUCGGUAGCAUCUUGCCCAGCUACAUUGUCAUCGGAGGAGAGGAGACGGCCAGCUGGAUCUCUCACACGGCCAGUAAGUCUUAACGCAUUUGAUAUCAUAUCGUUCUCGAGUAAAUUCAAUUUGUCGGGGUUGUUUGAGGAGCGAGGCAACGAAGUGAGGUUUGUCUCAGCACAGCCCAUGCAAACGAUUAUAACAAGAUUGGAGGAGAUUGCAAAGGUGAAGAGCUUCUCAGUCCGGCGAAAGGACUGGCGGGUGAGCCUGGAAGGCACGAGGGAAAGUGAGAAGGGUCCAUUGACAAUCGGGGCUGAGAUAUUUGAGCUCACACCAAGCCUUGUGGUUGUCGAGGUGAAGAAGAAGGCAGGGGACAGGGAAGAGUAUGAGGACUUCUGCGAGAGGGAGUUGAAACCUGGGAUGCAGCAUCUCGUGCACCAAACGGCGUCGGUUCCAGAUAUACCUUCUGAUACUGAGUAGCAUGAAAGGAAAAUUUAUGAUUUGGUUUCCCCUGCAACAAAUUCCUUUUCACCUUAGACUCUUGCAUUUGUGAUUUGGUCCGCACCUGGAAAAUUCCAUUCAAAUGAUGGUGCCAAAAUUCAACUGCACCGUAGCAACUUGUAUUCUGUUCGCGGAAACUAAUUUUCAGUAGACAUAAUGAACACCGGCAUUGGAAAAGAAACAUUGAAAUUAAGUGCUCUACCAAAACCUUUUUUUAAUAAUUGUUAUGCUAAGUAUCUAGUUGUUGGUUAGUUGUCAUGCGCCCAUUUUCACUGUGCGCCCUGCUGUACGCUGUGGGUAUCCUCACCUCAUACUAUUUAUAAAUAUAAUCGUGACUUGACAUGUUUAGCUAAUCUAACUAAAUGGGAUGGAUGCUUGGAUUUAUUUUGGUGUUAAGAAGAAAUAGGUAAACAGACAGCUAUAUUUUGCAUUGCUCAUCUUUAAAAUCCUUCUUUCCAAUCUAACUAAAUGGGAUGGGUGCCUUGCCAAGGAUGGAUAUUUUGGCCGUUCAUGUGAUGUAGUGAAAAAUAUUUGGCAUGCUUAAUUUGUACUUCUCAGGUUACGGAGAUAUUUUCACCCUUUUUCAGCGUAGUUUCUUCAUUUGAUAGCACCAAAGGCCAAUUUUUAGCAAAGUAACUUCAUCAAGAAAAAAAUGCAGUACAUGGGAUCAAAGGCCAACUUUUAGUAAAGUCACUUCAUCAAGAAAAAAUGAAGUACAUUGAGUGGGAUCAAUUAAUUGUGUGGAGACAGCGAAAUAUACCUAACAAAACCAUGACUUGGAAAAUACUAAAAAAUAAAUUUAACAAAUAAAUGCUUGGAGAAAAUAUAAUGUUUUGAUACACUGUCCAUGUCCUAAAUUUUCUUGUUUUCUUUAUUAAAUUACGGAAAUGUUGAAAUUUCCCUACUCAUUCAAGCAGCUGCAGGUGCAUAUGGAGACAAAAUUAAGUUUCCCAAAUGCAGCAAGAUUUUCAUUUCUCUUGUUUUGUAUGUCAUAUUUUAUUUCUUAGGUCUAAGGGUUUCUGUAUAAAUGCGAAAUAUUUAUAUCCAGCUUGUAGGAUGUUUUUCAAGAAGCUCCAUGUGCCAGAACGAACCAGCUCAGUGGGAGGCUUCAAACUCCCCCCCCCCCUCCCCCCCAUUCAUUGCAUUUUAUGUAAUGAACUACCAAAAGUCAAGCCAUCUGUUACUUUAGGCUGAAAGGCUUAUAUUGCUUAAACAAGUGCCUCAGCUUGAAGCAGCUACAACGACCUUUGGCUCAACUUGUCGUUGCAUUUACUGGCCUAAGGUUGCUUCCUCCAGGAAACAGCUGACAUAAUCAUUCAGUAGCUUUGAACGGUUUCAAGGUUCAUUGGUCAGUUUUCUCGAGCAGUUUUCUUGCUGUCUGUAGAAUUUUCAGAACCUUGAACACCAGCACUGCUUCAAGGAAGAAUUUUGGCUGGAAGAGCAGAGCCUAAAAAAUCUUGUGGUCAAGCAAGAUUAUAGUUGUAUCAGAAUGAAAAGAAGCGGGUAAGAUUGUAGUUGCAUUCAGGGUUCAAUACUAAAUGUUCUAACAUAUGUACUGCGAAAGCUCAGGGAUUACCUGUGAUAGUUUUGAGAUUUAGUUUAGUGCGAACAUUGGUCCAUUUGUUGCGUAAUGAAAUACCUUAUGUUGAUCAACCAGUCCUUUUGGGCGCUCCUUUUCAAUAAUUGUAUCAGUAUUCUCUCUCUA